CAGGGACGCGGGGUCCUGCGGAUCGUGCACUGCUGUAGUCAUUAGACAGACGCGAGACAUCAAACAUCGCACUCUCUCAACAUUCACAACAAUAACAGUCUUCCAGAUAAUCAAAGAUGGCAUCUAUGUUGUUGACUUCACUGAGGAGCAGCCCAUUGACAUCCGUGCAGGCUGCUCAGUUUGCUGCUCGUUCUCUCAGCACAUCUGUUCAUCUGCAAGCUCAAGCAAAGAGCAAGAAGACUCUGGCCAAAUCAGGAGUGAAGAACGUCGUUCUGGUUGAUGGCGUCCGAACACCUUUCCUCCUGUCUGGCACAACUGAAAAUUCAUCUUAUCUGAAUCAGGAGAGAAGUAUGCAGAGAUCAAGCAUCGUUUACAAAUAUGCUGAUCUGAUGCCCCACGAUCUGGCCAGAGCUGCAUUACAAGGUCUGCUGAAGAGAACCGGUCUCCCUAAAGAUGCUGUUGAUUAUAUUGUGUAUGGAACUGUUAUUCAGGAAGUGAAGACCAGUAAUGUGGCCAGAGAGGCAGCACUUGGUGCUGGAUUCUCAGAUAAGACUCCCGCUCACACUGUGACUAUGGCGUGUAUUUCCUCCAAUCAAGCAAUGACCACAGCUGUUGGUUUGAUCGCUGCCGGUCAGUGUGAUGCCGUCGUCGCCGGUGGGGUUGAGUUUAUGUCCGACGUUCCCAUUCGUCACAGCCGCAAGAUGAGGAAGACGAUGCUGUCACUCAACAAGGCAAAGACCCUCGGGGCUCGGCUCUCUCUGCUGGGCUCCAUCCGCCUCGCUCACCUUUCACCUGAGCUGCCGGCUGUGGCCGAGUUCUCCACAGCCGAGACAAUGGGACACUCCGCGGACCGUCUGGCGGCUGCAUUCGGUGUGUCGCGUUUGGAGCAGGAUGAAUUUGCUCUGCGAUCUCACAAGCUUGCAAAGAAAGCUCAAGACAGCGAGCUGCUCAGUGACGUCAUCAGCUUUAAAGUGCCAGGGAGGGAUAUUGUGUCUAAAGAUAAUGGGAUCCGUCCUGCCACCAUGGAACAGAUGGCCAAACUGAAACCCGCCUUCAUCAAGCCUCACGGCACAGUGACAGCCGCAAACUCCUCCUUCCUGACUGACGGAGCGUCUGCGGUUUUGAUCAUGUCAGAGGAGAAAGCUCUUGCUAUGGGUUACAAGCCUAAAGCGUAUCUCAGAGAUUUUGUGUACGUGUCUCAAGACCCAAAAGACCAGCUGCUUCUCGGGCCGACCUAUGCCACUCCAAAGGUCCUGGAGAAGAGCGGUCUGACCUUGAAUGACAUCGAUGUGUUUGAGUUCCAUGAAGCUUUUGCUGGUCAGAUCAUGGCAAACCUGAAGGCAAUGGAUUCUGACUGGUUCGGCCAAACAUAUAUGGGCCGAAAAACAAAGGUUGGUGCCCCUCCGAUGGAGAAGUUUAACACAUGGGGAGGUUCUCUGUCUCUUGGACAUCCGUUUGCGGCCACCGGCUGUAGACUGGUGACCACCGUCGCCCACAGACUGCAGAAGGAGGGUGGUCAGUAUGGCCUGGUGGCAGCGUGCGCUGCUGGAGGACAGGGUCAUGCUAUGGUGAUCGAAGCUUAUCCUCAGUAACCUUCAUACUUCCACAGACUGUAACACAUUGCACACGCACACAAAUAGAUUCUGUAAAUACUAACGUGCCGUAAUGCCUUGAAAUGUUCAUUAUCUAUUCAUUAUCUGGAGGUUCUUGAUUUGAAAUGAUGCCUGAGAUGUGGAUGUAAAUGUUAACGUAGCUUUACUUGAGAAGGUGUUAAGGAAAAGAUCAGAAGAUGCUCUACAAGUUAAAAAUAUGGUAUGUUUCCAUGCUAAGUAUAGCACUUAAAACAGGCCAGUUAGAUUCUGAUUUUACAGUAGGUUAAAAUUCACAUUUGAUUUUGAAAACUAUUAUUCUAUAUUUUUUUUUGUCCUAAUUCUAAGCAUUCUAAUCUCCAGAUAAUGCUUUAUUUUAUCUAUGAAGUUAAGCAACUGGGAUCUCUUCUCGCUGGUAUCGUUUGUUUCAUAUGGCAACAUUAGCUGAUCCAUUGACAGUUUAUGCCGGUAGCUCUUAAGGAUUGUAUUGUAAGAAGGACUGAUUCUGUAUUAACCAUAAAGACAAAGGUUACGCACUUAAACACAUGUGCCUCAGAUUCAAGCAGGUGAACCUCUGGAGAACUCUGUGAUCGCUUUCUCCGUUUUCUAGCAGUUUGUACAAAUAAAUAUUAUUUGAAAUCGUCA